UUCGUUCAGUUCGUUGAAUCCACCCCACUGUCGGAAAUAUUGAAACAGGGUACACUACUCAGCUUUCUUCAACAGAGCGCACCUAGUCCAGCCGAUCCACUCGGUGUGGAAGCCAAAGUGAUGGAGACCUAUAUCCGGUCGUGCGCCAAAUGCAAUAGAUCCAUAUUCCUAGAUUUGCCUUAG